CACUUUUAAUGACACGAGCACACAUGACGUAAAUCAGAGCCGCUUGUUAAAAGUUGCGUCGUUACGUAAAUAUUGUGAACGAAAUGGAUUAUACAGAGCAAUAUUCAGAGCAAGACUUCAUCACUGCUAUCAAGGACUUAUUGAGGUCGGAAGGACAUCUCGAUAAAAUUCAAGCCCAAAUGCGUUCAAAAGUAAUAGAAGCAAUAAAACACAAGCAAGAAGGUUUGACUCCAAACGGGAAAAACACUCAACCUCCUUCGCCCUCUGAAGAGGUUCUACUAAUAAACGAGAUCAUCAGGGAGUAUCUGGAGUGGAACGGGUACCUGUAUACAGCCUCCGUGCUGGCCAGUGAGGCUGGCAUGCCGAAAGAAAAAAGUUCCAGAGCAGAACUGUGCUCUAAUGUGGGAGUGAGAGAUGACGAGAGCUCCAUAGCUCUGCCGCUUCUCUCCAAUAUCAUUGCUGCAUACACUGAACGGAUUAAACGCAAGAUCAGUAAGAGUAAAAGAGAUGGGUAGAUUUGGUGAGAACUGAGCCGUUUGUUAUUAUCCUGGUAAAGUUAUAAGGUACUUACUGCUAGAACAUCGUAUAUAUUGAUAUGUGAAUAUUACGUGAAUAUUAUUGCAGUGCUUCUUGAAUUAACUACGUAAAAAUUUAUUGUGUCUGUUUUAAAUAAAAGUAAAUUCACAGCUUGGUA